CGUCCCCCGGCUCAACUUCCGGUUCUUGUGUAGUUCCACAACACGCAUGUUAUCGAGCAUUUAAAAAAAAGAAGAACUUUGGUGUCAUGAGUUCUGAUCCUUGUGGCGAAAACGUGUCUCUGCCUCUACGAAAUCUACUGAACUCCAUCCGGUGCGUCGCAGACAGAGUCAGAGAUGGCGAGUCCAAUGCGUCGGACGGCGCGUUCGACCUCUCCAACUUCCGGGACGCUCUGAACCAGGCGGUGAAGGCCGUGUCCCAUGAAGCCACGAAGCUCAGCCUGGCCUUCUCCAAACCGCCGCUGCCGUCGCCGCAGGACGUGGAGACGUUCUCCGAGUCCACCAUGAAGAGCGUCCUCAGUCUGUCCACAGUCUACUACUGGCUACCCAAAGACCAAGGUGUGAGUCUGCGCCGGCAGGUCAGAGACGCCACGGUCGAGGUCCUGGAGGGCGUCGGCCAGCUGGUGGAGGUCAUCCUGAGCUCGCCGCUACAGAGUCUGUCUCAGGACCAGUUAACGUCAACAGGAAGUGUUUGGUCGGCCUGCGACCAUUUCGCCCAUUUGCCACAAGACAAUAAAGCGGCCGUGUUGAUGGUUCUGUCUGAUCAGAUUGGAGUUGUGAAAGAUGCCAUAGAGGAAGUAGAGCAGGCGCUGUCCGAGGCCGAGGACCCGUUCAGUGACGUCCUCGACAACGACCAGGGGCCCCGAGGCAACCAGGACACCUACUGGUCAGAGCAGGACCGGCUCCUGAUUGGUCCGUGCCGGGGGCUGAUGAUGGCGGCGGCGGCGUGCCUCAAGAAGCUGACGUCGGCGGUCAAAGCGAACGGUGACGUCACCACGGCCCAGAACCUGGCCCAGCUCGACGACCUGGCCGACAUCACCAAGGAGAUCAGUCCUGGUCUUGAUGAUCUGGCUCUGUGCCUCUACCCCCCGAUGGACUACAGCGGAGUAGAGAACAACGUGUCCAAGUUGGCGGCAUUGUUAAAGAAGGUUCUGGAGAUCAUCAGGUCCAGUCACGUGUGUGGAGAGUCCCAGCUGACCUGGGUUCAGUUCUUAGAGGGAGCCGUGGAUCACAACCUGCAGAAGGCCCAAGACCUCAUACAGCAGGACAGCUAGUGUGCGCGUGUGUGUGCGUGUGUGUGUGUGAUGAGGGUUUAUAAAAAAGUGUUUACGUACAUGUACAGCGUAUGAUAAUUAAAAAGGGUCGAGCGUCCUCACAUGAA